CUCAACAGGCAUCAUGAGACACUGUACGUUUAGAAAACAACUCAAAACAACUCUUUUGAGUACGUUUCUAUUUCAGCUUCUGUUUUUCAACUUUGGUUCAUUUGCCUAUGCAGACCAUUAUACAAGUCCCGGUGUUGUCCCCAAUUUCUCUGUCUUUAACAAAACCACAUCAUCUGUGUCACUAACCUGGAUUGCACCACCUGGGAACAGCUUUUUGUUUAUUUUAACCUGGACUGAUGGCAGUGUGAGUAACAGCAGAAACACUUCAAACCUGUUUUACAAUGUCACUGGUCUGACUGCUGGAGUGAACUACACGUUCACUGUCACGGCAGUUACUGAAGAUGGACAAACUACAGGAGCAACAACUCAAAUCUCAGCAUUUACAAAUCCGGGUGUUGUCACCAAUCUCACUGUCUCUAGUAAAACCACAUCAUCUGUGUCUCUAACCUGGAAUCCACCACCUGGGAACAGCUCCUUGUUUAUAGUAAACUGGACUGGUGGCAGUGUGAAUAUCAGCAAUAACUCUUCAAAUCUGACUGCUGGAGUGAACUACACAUUCAGUGUUACUGCAGUUGCUACAGAUGGACAAACUACAGAAGCAACAACUCAAACCUCAACAUUUUCAUAUCCAGAUGUUGUCACCAAUCUCAUUGUUUCAAGCGAAACCACAUCAUCCGUGCCUUUAACCUUGAAUGCACCACCUGGGAACAGCUCCUUGUUUAUAGUAAACUGGACUGAUGGCAGUGUGAAUAUCAGCAAUAACUCUUUAAGCCUGUCUUACAUGGUCACUGGUCUGACUGCUGGAGUGAACUACACAGUCACUGUUCCUACAGUUGCUACUGAUGGACAAACUACAGGAGCAACAACUCAAACCUCAACAUUUUCAUAUCCAGAUGUUGUCACCAAUCUCACUGUUUCAAGCGAAACCACAUCAUCCGUGCCUUUAACCUUGAAUGCACUGGUUGGCACUGGCACUGGUGGCAGUGUGAAUAUUAGCAGUAACAGGCCAAGCACGUCUUGCAAUGUCACUGGUCUGACUGCUGGAGUGAACUACACAUUUACUGUUACCGCAGUUGCUGCAGAUAAUCAAACUACAGGAGCAACAACUCAAAUCUCUACAUUCACAAAUCCAAAUGUUGUCAGCAGUCUUACUGCCUUUAACAAAACCACAUCAUCUGUGUUUCUAACCUGGAAUAAACCACCUGGGAACAGCUUGUUGUUUAUAGUAAACUGGACUGGUGACAGUGUGAAUAUCAGCAGUAACACUUCAAACCUGUCUUACACUGUCACUGGUCUGACUGCUGGAGUGAACUACACAUUCAGUGUUACUGCAGUUGCUGCAGAUCAUCAAACUACAGGAGCAACAACUCAAAUCUCAGCAUUUACAAAGCCAGACGUUGUCACCAAUCUCACUGUCUCUAGCAAAACCACAAUAUCUGUCUCUCUAACCUGGAAUAAACCAACUGGGAACAGCUUGUUGUUUAUAGUAAACUGGACUGGUGGCAGUGUGAAUAUCAGCAGUAACACUUUAAACCUGUCUUACAAUGUCACUGGACUGACUGCUGGAGUGAACUACACAUUCAGUGUUACUGCAGUUGCUGCAGAUGGACAAACUCAAGGAGCACCGACUCAAAUAUCAGCAUUCACAAAUCCAGAUGUUGUUGCUAAUCUAAGUGUCUCUAGCAUAACCACAUCAUCUGUGUCUCUAACCUGGAAUAAACCACCUGGAAACAGCUCUUUGUUUAUAGUAAACUGGACUGGUGACAGUGUGAAUAAUAGCAGUAACACUUCAAACCUGUCUUACAAUGUCACUGGUCUGACUGCUGGAGUGAACUACACAUUCAGUGUUACUGCAGUUGCUGCAGAUGGACAAACUCAAGGAGCUCAGACUCAGAUCUCAGCAUUCACAAGCAACAAGUCAGAAUUGGGCAUCGAUACCUGCAGUGUAAAUGGGGCUUAA